AUGUGAGUCCAGUGUGAAUGCAAUGUGAGUCCAGUGCGAGUGCAAUGUGAAUGCAGUGAGAAUACAGUGUGAGUGCAGUGAGAAUACAGUGUGAGUGCAGUGUCAGUGCAGUACGAGUGCAGUGUGAGUGCAGUGCGAGUGCAGUUUGUUUAAUCUACAGUUAAACUGAACUAACUGGUCCGCACCUGUUUGGUUUGGUGGGGUUUUUCUUUAGCUGUAGUUAAUGAUUAGCAUUUUAGAGGAUUGUCAGCAGAGCAGCUCCUGAGGACACAAACACAACCAGCGUUAACAUAUUUAAAAACAUGAUGAUGAUUAAUAUUUACUAUUAAACUCUGAUUAUCUGCUGAUGAGGGGAUUAUCUGAUAUGAUGGGCGAUUGGACUAAACCCCAUCUGAAGUUGGUUCUGGUGGGAAACUCUGGGGUGGGGAAAACCUCACUGAUGACGCGGUUUGUGGACCAUCGAUUCACUAAUAUGUACCGAGCCACGAUUGGAGUGGAUUUCCUGACUAAAGAGCUGACUGUGGAUAAAAACACCGUGAUUCUGCAGUUGUGGGACACGGCUGGUUCUGAGCGGUUCUUCUCUCUGGGUUCUGCUCUGUACCGCGGGGCUCACUGCUGCCUCCUGGUGUUUGAUCUGGGUUCAGAUUCCUCUUUCAGGGCUCUGGACGGCUGGAUCUCUGAGGUCCUGCUGCAGACUGACCCGGCUGACCCGGCCGAGCGCGGGACCUUCCCCUUUAUAGUGGUGGGGAACAAGACGGACCUCCAGACCCGGCAGGUGUGUUCUGAGCGUGUGCAGCAGUGGUGUGAGGGUUUGGGGGCUGAGUAUUUUGAGUGCAGCGCUAAAGAGAAUACAGCUGUAGAUUCAGCUUUUAUAACUGCAGCCCGAGCGGCUCUCCGUACCUUUAAACACAGCGCUGUGGAUCAAACAAACAACAUCCAAAUCACCGACAAAGACCAAGAACAGCAUCCGAAUUACAGAGAAUCAAAAUGCUCGUGCUGAAGAGCUGAUCCUGCGGUCAGGAGGACCAACAGAACCAGUGAUACUGACAGAUACUGUUAAACCCAAUUCCUGUCUUUAAAUAAUAUAAAGCUGUUUUUAGUUUCUUUAAAGCAUCCGUCUGUAUGUUUGGGGGACCACUUAAUGCUUUAAACUUUCCACCCAGACAUUUUCUGAUACAUUAUCUAAUUAUUCAGUCGUUUUUAUGGAUAUAUUAUUCUCAGAAAUCUCACAUAGGGCCACACGUUAUGGAUUUCCAAGAAAAAAAAAGUAACUUAUGUAAAUAAAUAAAUAUAUAAAUAUGUAACUUUUUAUCGAAAAAUAAAGAACAAAGUCUUAAACUGAUGGGGCAGUAGACACGAAAUAAGAGCCACGAUGAUCAUCUUCAUCAUCUUCUUUAGCUGCUGCAGACAAUAAAACCCUCCCUAUAACCCCACCUCUAUAGAGCUCCACCCCAUCACUCACACACACACACACAUACACACACACUCACACUCACACACACUCACACUCACAUACACACACACACACACACGCACUCUCACUCCUGAAAAAUCAGAUAAGCUUGUCAACUGACGAACAGCUGUUGUGAUCUUCUAAAGGUCAUUUGAAAGUGAAAUUUAUUUACCGUAUUUCCUGAGGUCUAAGUGUUAUAUAAUGUUUUGUUUGUUCGUUUUUGUUGCAUGUUAUAAAUGAUUUACUUGUUAAAUAAAAGUAAAAUUAUACGA